CAAUCACUCCGUUACCAAACAUGGCAAACUAAAACACCAGACGGGUCAAGUCAAACCGCUGCCGCCACUCUGGUUAGGGUUUUAUGCAUUCAAUCGCUCCCCUUCUCGCCGGGAAAUAGCCAACCAAACCGAACGACCAAAUCGAAAUCCAUGAAGCUCGCCGGUAUAAAAUCCGUCGAAGGCGCCCACGACGAAUCGGUGUGGGCGGCGACGUGGGUCCCCGCGACCUCCAGCCGGCCGGCGCUACUCCUCACCGGCUCACUCGACGAGACCGUCAAGCUGUGGAAGUCGGACGACCUCAACCUCGCGGGGACCAAUACGGGCCACUGCCUCGGCGUCGUCUCCGUCGCGGCACACCCUUCCGGCAUCAUAGCUGCCUCCGCGUCGCUCGACAGCUUCGUUCGAGUUUUCGAUGUCAACACCAACGCAACCAUUGCCACUCUCGAAGCUCCUCCUUCCGAAGUCUGGCAAAUGCAGUUCCAUCCCAAGGGCACCAAACUUGCAGUUGCAGGUGGAGGCAGCGCUUCCAUCAAAGUAUGGGACACAUCCACAUGGAAGCUGACUUCUACCUUAACCAUUCCUCGCCCCGAAGUGCCGAAGCCCUCCGAUAAGAACACCAGCAAGAAGUUCGUCCUGUCGGUGGCUUGGAGUCCCGACGGCAGAACAAUUGCGUGCGGCUCAAUGGACGGCACAAUCUCCGUCUUUGAUGUGGCCCGGGAGAAGUUUAUGCACCACCUGGAAGGCCACUCCAUGCCCGUGCGGUCCCUCGUGUACUCCCCAGUCGACCCACGGGUCCUGUUCUCAGCAUCCGACGAUGCUCACAUCCACAUGUACGACGCCGAGGGAAAGAGCCUAGUCUCGUCCAUGUCGGGCCACGCCAGCUGGGUGCUGAGCGUGGAUGCGAGCCCCGACGGUAAUGCUAUCGCCACGGGGUCGAGUGACAGGACAGUGAGGCUGUGGGAUCUCAAGAUGAGGGCUGCUCUGCAGACGAUGAGCAACCACACUGACCAGGUUUGGGCUGUGACGUUUUGUCCCCCUGGAGGGACCGGAGUGCGUGGUGGACGGCUGGCGAGUGUCUGCGACGACAAGAGCAUAUCGUUGUAUGAUUAUUCUUGAACGAGGAACUAGUGAAGCUGAUUUUGUUUGUAGAAAGAAAAGAACGUUGACCUUCUGUCAUUUUCCUUCAUACAAUGUAGUGUUUUUGUGUUGGACUGGAUCGUUUGAAAUGCAGUGUUGGAGUUUUGUGUCUACUCGAUCUAUGGAAAGGUUUUAUUUCCUGCACCAAUUUUAGCUG